AUGGCUGAGCAGUCCACGACUUGUAGCUCUUGUUUAAAGCUCUAUACUGACCCUCGCGUCCUUCCUUGUCUUCAUACUUAUUGUCUGAAGUGCAUUGAAGGACUCAGUGUGGAUGAAUCCAGUCUGACCUGCCCUCAGUGUAAAGCAAAGCACCAACUCCCUACAGCUCCGUAUCCAGUGAAUCUAUUCGCUCUUUCAGACGUGGAGGAGGCUAAAGAUAAGACAGGAGACUAUAUAGAAGAAGAAACUGAGUUGAUAUGUGGGUUUUGCACUACAGGUGAUGCUGCCGUGGGCUACUGCAUUGAGUGCGGUGAGUACUUGUGUGAAUGCUGUCGUGAUGUCAUUCAUAAGAGAGGGAAAAUGUUUUCAAGCCAUAAAGUAGUUUCAACCGGAGAAGCAGCAUCCCUGAAAAGGGACAUCAUUCCUACGCCUGAUAAUUCUGGACCACAUUGCACCAUUCAUGCAGAAUACAAGAUUGAAGUAUACUGCAGGACUUGUGUCUCUUUUGUAUGUUGCAAAUGUGUAUUGGAACAUCCACACAAGGAACAUGAGAACUUGCUAAUUAGAGAAUCAAUUGAAGAAGUGGCUGAAAAGAUGGGUUUGCUCUUAGAAGCUGCAAAAUCCAAGGCUUGUAAAGCCGAAGCUUGUUUGAGCCUUUUGACGAAAGUUGAGGAACUAGCACUUGGUGAACAGCACACAGUACGCAUGAAAAUGAAAGCUUUCUUUGAUGAACUGAUGACAAUUCUGGAAGAUAUAUUCAGAGAUGACAAUAAGAAAAUAUCAUCUGCAAAAGACAGCAUUGCAAUGAUCCUUUCUCAAGUUGGAAGCUGUCUUUCCUUGAGCACUUGCAUUCAAGACCAAAUAGGAAAUGAUCGAUAUUUGCUGCUAGUUAAUCAGUUGUUACAGUGUCUGGUCAGCAUAGAGGAUGCUAAUUUGACUAGCCCUGUAAAGGAGGCAUGGCAUAUUAACAGCACCAGCUAUCACUUCAAAGACAAGUUAAACACACUUUGCAACCUGACUAACUUUGCUGAACUUAAAAAAGAAAAGGAGAAUGCUACUUGCAGAGCUGCUACACGAUUGGUUCCUUUCUCUGAAGUAAUAAGAACCGAUGCUGUUUUUGAUCAACCUUUUGCCAGCCUUUCUUCAGAAUGGUCCAUAAAUUGCUCAAAUCAUCCUGAUUCCUCUCCACUGGUCAAAGGCAUCACUGAUAAUAAGAUCACAAUAGAGUUUAGACCAAAGCAUGAAGGGAAAUACACCUUUCAUUUGUCUCCAGUUGGGACUUCGUUCAUUGUUAAGUUUGAUGUAAAUAUUGUAGGCAGUCAAGGGCAAGUAUCUAAGGCAACUAAACGUAGCAGUGAAGCUAAUAACAGUCCACGGAUCAGCAAAAAAUUGAGGAUAGGAUUGGAUGAUCUAAAGUGA